GGAUGUGAGGUAAAUACACAGAAACUUUUUCUUUUCUGUCCGUUCCGCUGUCUUUGGAGCUCCUCUUCCUCCUCCUCCUCUUCUUCCUGAAGUCCAACUGGGAGAAGGAGCGUUGAGAGAAGGAGAAGCCGCCGUUACUUUCCUCCGCCAUGAUCCUGUAAGCUGCUCCGACCGGAGCUCAGAGACCCGCCGGCCCGGAGCCCAGAGACCCGCCGGACCGAACCGGGAGAAGCUCGCCGCCGUUCUGGAGCCGGAGGACAGAGAUGUAGCAUGUGUGUUGGUGUGACCGGUGGACCAUAAUGCACCUCUUCCUGCUGCUGAUCCUUCAAGCCACAGCAGCCUCCGGACAGAUCGACCCUGCACACUGCCGCUAUGCUCUGGGCAUGGAGGACGGACGGAUUAAGGACGAUGACAUCACAGCGUCCAGCCAAUGGUACGAGACCACGGGGCCGCAGUACGCCAGGUUGAACCGGGAGGAGGGCGAUGGGGCCUGGUGUCCCAACGGUCAGCUGGGGCCUUCAGACAGUCAGUUCCUGCAGGUGGACUUGGGUAGGUUGACCUUCCUGACGGUGGUGGGCACGCAGGGCCGCUACGCCCGCUACUCCGUGAACGAGUUUGCCCGGGCCUACCGGCUCAACUACAGCCGGGACGGCCUGCUGUGGAGGUCCUGGAGGAACCGGCUGGGGAACACGGUGAUGGAGGGAAACAAAAACGCUUACACCUCCAUCAUCAACGACCUCCACCCGCCCGUUGUGUCCCGCUACGUCCGCCUCAUCCCUGUCACCAAGCUCCCCACCUACGUGUGCAUGAGGGUGGAGCUGUACGGCUGUCAGUGGGAAGACGGUCUGAUCGCCUACGGCGCCCCGGAGGGCCAGCUGAUGAUGCCGCCCGGGUUCCCCAUCGCCAGCCUCAACGACUCCACCUACGACGGAGCCCGCGAGAGGAGGAGGCUGUCCGGCGGGCUGGGUCAGCUGACGGACGGCGUGGUCGGCCAGGACGACUUCCUGCUGACGCGGCAGUACCACGUGUGGCCGGGAUACGACUACCUGGGCUGGAGGAACGACUCGCUGGGAGCCCCGGGUCACGUGGAGAUGGACUUCCUGUUCGACAGGCAGAGGAACUUCACCUCCAUGAAGGUUCACAGUAACAACAUGUUCUCCCGUGGAGUGAAGAUCUUCUCCUCCGUGUCCUGCUGGUUUAAGCCCCGCCUCAUCGCCGACUGGGAGGCGGAGCCUGUGGCGUUUAAGACGGUGCUGGAUGACAGGAACCCGAGCGCCCGCUACGUCACCGUGCCGCUGCAGCGCCGCGCCGCCAAAUCCAUCCGAUGCCGCUUCCACUUCGCUGACUUCUGGAUGAUGUUCAGUGAGAUCUCCUUCCAGUCAGAGGACACCGUCCUCCCCACCCUGAUGACUCAGAGCUCCACCUCCUCUCCGGCUAGCAGAGGCAGCGCCAUGACAACCACACCUGUGCCAGCGCCCGACCCCUCGGCCAGCGCCGCCCCCGACAACGGCAACACGCCCGUCCUGAUUGGCUGCCUGGUGACCAUCAUCCUGCUGCUCGUCAUCGUCAUCGUCUUCAUCCUGUGGUGCCAGUACGUCUGCAAGGUGCUGGAGAAGGCUCCCCGUCGGAUCCUCAACGAGGAGGUGACGGUGCGGCUCUCCUCCUGCAGCGACACCAUCAUCCUCCAGACCCCUCCUGUGCCCCCCCGCUCCGGCCACGCCCCCUCAGACUCCGCCCACACCGACCCCCACUACGAGAGGGUCUUCCUGCUGGACCCGCAGUACCAGAACCCGGCGGCGCUGAGGAGCAAACUGCCGGAGCUGUCUCAGAGCGCCGAGGCCUCAGCUCUCCUCCUCGGUAACCCUCUCUACGACUACCUGCUACUGACUUUGUGUCACGUGACACAGGUAAGAGCUGAAAGGUGUGGCUUUGGGGAAGAGGACGUCGUCUAUGGAUGCAUUUUUCAUUCCACGUGUGGAGGAGGCUACGCCGAGCCCGACGUCACCCAGUGCACGCCCCACCAGUGUUUCCAUAGCAACGCGCCGCACUACGCCGAGACCGACAUUGUGCGGCUGCAGGGCGUGACGGGCAGCAACAUGUACGCCGUGCCCGCCCUCACCGUCGACUCGCUCACCAGGAAGGACAUCUCCGCCGCCGAGUUCCCGCGCCAGCAGCUCAUCUUCCGGGAGAAGCUGGGGGAGGGGCAGUUCGGAGAGGUCCACCUGUGCAAGGCCGAGGGACUCCCAGUGUUCCUCGGGGAGGGCUCCCCCCCCCCCGGGAGGGACGGGCACUCGGUGCUGGUGGCCGUCAAGCAGCUGAGGGCCGAUGCCACCAGCCAAGCCAGGAACGACUUCCUGAAGGAAAUCAAGAUCAUGUCCCGCCUCAACGACCCCAACAUCAUCCGGCUGCUGUGCGUGUGCGUGGCGUCCGACCCGCUGUGCAUGGUGACCGAGUACAUGGAGAACGGAGACCUCAACAUGUUCCUGUCGCAGCGCGAGAUCGAGAGCACGCUGACGCACGCCAACAACAUCCCCUCAGUCAGCCUGUCCGACCUCCUCCACAUGUCGGUGCAGAUCUCCUCGGGGAUGAGGUACCUGGCGUCCCUGAACUUUGUGCACCGCGACCUGGCCACCAGGAACUGCCUGCUGGACCGCCGCCUCACCAUCAAGAUCGCCGACUUCGGGAUGAGCCGGAACCUGUACAGCAGCGACUACUACCGCAUCCAGGGCCGCGCCGUGCUGCCCAUACGCUGGAUGGCCUGGGAGAGCAUCCUGCUGGGAAAGUUCACCACGGCCAGCGACGUGUGGGCUUUCGGCGUGACGCUGUGGGAGAUCUUCACCCUGUGCAAGGAGCAGCCCUACAGCCUGCUGACCGACGAGCAGGUCAUAGAGAACACUGGCGAGUUCUUCAGGAACCAGGGCCGACAGAUCUUCCUCUACGGCCCUCCGCUCUGCCCGCCGUCCCUCUUCGAGCUGAUGAUGCGCUGUUGGAGUCGCGACAUACCAGACCGGCCCAGUUUCGAGGGACUCUACCGGGCCCUGAAGCCCCACGUCAACCAGUGAGCCGCUGGGACGGACUGGGACUGGUGUGGGACGAGAAGACUGAGGACUGGGAUUCUGUUAGGAGUAGAUGGCCUUCAGAGGGAAUGAAGGAAGUGGGCUAGCUGUGGUCAGAAGGUGGGUUUGUUUCUGUCCUGAGGGACCACGAGGAGGUAGAAGGAGAGAAGCUGGUCAACAAUCCUUUCAUUCUGAUCCGUCCCUUUAAUCUCUUUAAUCCCCUUUGACCAAAACCUGGUAUCACACAUGUAUAAAAUAUCUCUCUGUUCUGUUGUCUUGGUGCUGAAGGUACCAUAAGCUCUAUAUUCUUCUUCUCUGGCUUUUAAAGAUGCCAAAAACUGGACGGACUCUUCGGUCUCGUGUCCCUGUGGUGUUUUUUAUUGUUAUUGUAAAGCACUGUUUGUGUAUCUCAGUUAUUCAUGUUCAUAUAUUAACCCACACUGGAGCUAGGGUAGCAGUUUUUGUGUUUGUAUUGAGAUAGUUUUACAGUAAUUCCCUUUGGACGUGAACUGUGUUGUACCUAAAGAGAAAUAAAGAGUGUUGAACCACGAUAUGAUCAUAUAACAUUAGUAAAACUCAGUAUAACAUUGUUAACGUUGGCCAGUUUGUGCCUUAAAUCCGUGCUCCAGUCAGAAGCCCCUGGUUGUGCGUGAGGUGCACAUUGUGGGUCAGAGCAGUGACGUGUGUGUAGUGGGUCGUGAUGCUGCUCCUCAACGCUCCUCCUAAAGGCUCCUGAAGCUUCAUGUUUGGCUCGUAGACGUUUAUUCAACAGUAUUAAGUCAUUAAUAUAUUGAUUCAAACUAAACGAGAUUGGCUUCAUGUUCUGAAAAGUCUUAUUAACGAAAGCUUCUAUUUAACAAUAAGCACAAAAUGCAUAUUUAAACAAAGCAGAUGAUUUUGAUAAUGGAAGCAAUUACUGAGCGGGUUUGAGGCCAAUUUUCAACAUUGUUGUCUAGUGUGUAGAAGUGUUGAUGUUUUAGUUGUGUACUAGUGAGUAUCACACGUGUGCAGGAGCUCAAAUCCUCUCUGAACAAAUAGUUUCAAAUGUAAAAUGGUGCAAAUCAGCGUGAGCUUCAUGUGAAAGAGAGAGGGGGAGAGGAAAUGUCGAGUUUAGUGCAUCCUCCAGUGUUUCCAUGGUGACAGUGUGUGUCUGUACGGUGUGUGUGUGUGUGUGUGUGUGUGUGUGUGUGUGUGUGUGUUCAUUACAUCACAUUACAUGUCAUUUAGCUGACGCUUUUAUCCAAAGCGACGUACAAUAAGUACGUUUCCACAUAGAGAUACAAACUCAGAAAACAAGUAACAAGAAAGUACAUUUUUCAUCAAAUAAGCAGUUUCAAAAUGUUAUAGAAAAGUGCCAUAAGUACAGUUUAAGUGCUACCAUUUGUUAGUGCUACGGUUUGCUAGUGUUUUAGUCAAGGUAGAGUCUAAAGAGGUGUGUCUUGAGUUUGAAGAUGUAGAGGCUCUCUGUGGUCCUGAUGUCAUCAGAGAGCCAGACUUCUAUCACAGUGUGUGUGUACAGUGUGUGUGUGUGUGUGUGUGUGUGUGUGUCUGUACGGUGUGUGUGUGCGUGUGUGUGUGUGUGUGUGUGUGUGUGUGUGUGUCUGUACGGUGUGUGUGUGUGUGUGUGUGUGUGUGUGUGUCUGUACGGUGUGUGUGUGCGUGUGUGUGUGUGUGUGUGUGUGUGUGUGUGUGUGUGUGUGCGUGUGUGUGUGUGUGUGUGUGUGUGUGUCUGUACGGUGUGUGUGUGUGUGUGUGUGUGUGUCUGUACGGUGUGUGUGUGCGUGUGUGUGUGUGUGUGUGUGUGUGUGUGCGUGUGUGUGUGUGUGUGUGUGUGUGUGUGUGUGUGUCUGUACGGUGUGUGUGUGCGUGUGUGUGUGUGUGUGUGUGUGUGUGUCUGUACGGUGUGUGUGUGUGUGUGUGUGUGUGUGUGUGUGUGUCUGUACGGUGUGUGUGUGCGUGUGUGUGUGUGUGUGUGUGUGUGUGUGUGUGUGUCUGUACGGUGUGUGUGUGCGUGUGUGUGUGUGUGUGUGUGUGUGUCUGUACGGUGUGUGUGUGCGUGUGUGUGUGUGUGUGUGCGUGUGUGUGUGUGUGUGUGUGUGUGUGUCUGUACGGUGUGUGUGUGCGUGUGUGUGUGUGUGUGUGUGUGUGUGUCUGUACGGUGUGUGUGUGUGUGUGUGUGUGUGUGUCUGUACGGUGUGUGUGUGCGUGUGUGUGUGUGUGUGUGUGUGUGUGUGUCUGUACGGUGUGUGUGUGCGUGUGUGUGUGUGUGUGUGUGUGUGUGUGUCUGUACGGUGUGUGUGUGUGUGUGUGUCUGUACGGUGUGUGUGUGCGUGUGUGUGUGUGUGUGUGUGUGUGUGUGUGUGUGUGUGUGUGUGUGUGUCUGUACGGUGUGUGUGUGCGUGUGUGUGUGUGUGUGUGUGUGUCUGUACGGUGUGUGUGUGCGUGUGUGUGUGUGUGUGUGUGUGUGUGUGUGUGUGUUGUUGACACUCUGAAGACUGGCAGCGAUGGGAUCAAAGUAGUUCAUUAUAUUAUUAAAGGGACUUUUAAAGCAGUAAGACAAAGAGUAAGGAAACCACUAAACUCAAUCUCCCAGAGUCCUUUGCUGCAGCGAGCCUACCUUUUAGUUGUGGUUCCAUUAGAGAGUCUGACAGGGUGGUGUAUAAGUGAUCACAGUCAGUGUGUGAUCAUCACUGAUGGUUUGUGGUUCUGGUCCAGGUUCCAGGGUUGAACGUGUCCUGCUUCAGACGAGUAUGUGUGUAUAUUAAUAUAUUGGGAGUGUUUCUCAUGUUGGUUUUCUCUUUAAUAAACAUUUUGUCAAACACA